GAGGGAGAGAGUGAUGGUGGUGCACCAGUGGAUCUCAGCAGUUCGAACCUUAUCAGAGGCUCUCUGUCCCAUUAUGUGAAUCCGCCCAUCCUAGGAAAUGAGGGCUUCCUGUUGUUUUAUAGAGCCUUCCUGCAGAAAGGUUGAGAUAUGUAAUCCCUACCCACCAGGGAAGACGGACAGAGCAUUGUCAGGCAAAAUGACAGCCACUAGUUUCUCACUUAUGUUCUCUGGCUGUUUUGUGACUCUUCUCAUCUGGGCAGGAUGCACAUCAGUUGUUUGUCUGGUUGAUGAAAAGUUAGCGGCGCAACCUGCCACAACAAUAGGAUAUCACUCAACAGAUAUGACGGUUGCCAAUGCCACUCAUGGAACAUCUACAUUGUCAUUUGCUUGUGGGCCUACUCACAAUUGUAGGUUGUAUUGCGGCCACUGUCAUCACUAUUAUCAUGGACCAACAAUGGAGUGCCUUUCCGAGCUGCUUCAGUUUUUCUGUCUUCCCGCUUUUGAUGAGGCAAUGGCAAAACUGAACAGCACUGACUGGUGCACUUGGGGCAAUGUGAGCGGUCUGUACAGUAACCUAAGCCUCUGCACCGAGGAGAUAUCUGACUGUCUAGUGAUCCCAUGGCCAAACCCACUGGUGGAACAGAUCUUUGUGGACAUUCACUCCUCGUUCUUCGAAGAUUGUCCCUCAGAGGAGCUAAGUGAUCCAGCACCAGUCAUUGUCUUUGCCCUGGUGAUAACUCCCAUCUGCCUGAUCCCUGUCAUGGUUAGUCUAGUGGUGCUCAAGUCCAAGAAUGGGGAUGGCAGCUCCUAAAAAUCCUGACUGUUGUUUUUGACCUACACUCUCCCACCUCUCCUAACCUGAGGACUACAAGCUUGUUGUUUACAUCUCACCAGUGACCUUGCAGAGGACUGAAUUUUUCUGCGCUUCAAAAUUCAGAGGAAUUUUGAGAUAUCAGCCACAGAGGAAACCGAGAAGAUGACACUGAUUGUGUUCAAUAACAACCUCCCCCAUGCUGAAAGAGACACGCUGUGAUCAAAUCUAUGUUAUAAAACAUUCUGUACCGUACUGUGACACAAGUUUUGUUUUCAACCACCCACUCAAGAUCUGAACAUUUAUCUAUUUUACUGGAGAACGCAGUAUUCAGGGUUAUUAUGACAAAAGCUCCAGAGCUUGCAAACGUGUAGUCAAAAAUGUAUUUGUAUUGACUCUCCUCAUUAUGUUGGACAGCAGCUGUGUUGAUAAAAGACAAGGUAAUUUGUAUUACUGAACUCCUGAACUCGAGUCUUGAAAAAGAGUCAUGUAUAUGUUUUAAAGAAAGGACAGGAACAUGAGUAUAGUAGGAUGCAUGGAUCUGGUUAUGUGAGUCAUAGCGUAUACAAGGUGUGAGGUCAAAGGUUACAGAUGGGACACAAUGAGUGGCAACUCCCAGAAAAGGAGAUUUCUUUCCUGGUAUUGUCUAUUUUUGAAGACUAAGAAACUCUUCAGCACUUUCCCCUGUCCAAACAAUGACAAUCCUCAUACUCACAUGAGGAGCUGAUUGAAGUUUACCUGACAUCUCCGUCCAGGUCAGACACAAAGAAUGACAGACAGACAGACGGACAACUGUCUGCGCAGAAUAACGAUAAACACUGAGCAACGACACGAAGAUAAAAGAUUUAUGUGUUGUUCAGUCUUGAAUGACGAUAAAGGCUUUGUAUUUAUAUACUGUGUACCGUUGUAAGGACGUAGUGGACUUACUGUACUAUCGGAGAGAACACAUUCUGACUGCUCUCACACAAUUUACUGUAUGUAUUUUGAUAUGCUUUUUUAUAUUUUAUACAAUUAAAUCUACAGUUUGAUUUUG